GCUUAAGCCUCAAGAAAUGCCGACCGCCGGACCCGGACGGGGAAAGGGUGGAAAAAGUGAAAAGGGUGGAAAGGGUGUAAAGGGUGUAAAGGGUGUGAAGGGCGUGAAGGGUGUGAAGGGUGGAAAAGGUCCGAAGGGCAAGCCUCCGAAGGCGAAGACCGGACCUUGGCAGGGUGGCGGACUGCCGGAGCCGGGGCGGCAUUCGUCUUCUUCAGGGCAAACUUCAGGAAGUUUUUCAAGUUGGGUCUUGAAGCUCAACCAACAUCAAUCUUCAUCAUCAGAUCCUCCCGCCACACCACCAGGCUUGGACUCCCAACAAGGUGUCCAAAAUGAAGCGGACCCAUCGGCCGAAGACGAAGCCGUGAACGAGAGCGCGCGGGAAAGACAUGCUAAUGGCAGCUGCGAUCCUUGUCUCUUCUUUGCUUCGGAAGCUGGUUGCGCAAAGGAGCGUCAGUGCGAAUACUGCCACCUUCCCCAUAGCAUUAUGGAGAUAACGAACGCACAACGUCCUGGAAAGAGAGAUCGACAGAGGAUCAAAGCUAGUAUUGAGAAGAUCAUGGAGGAGGCAAAGGGAGACGAUCUACAACACGAACUACAGUGGGAAGCGCGAUGCAAUGCGUACACGCGCAAAACCAUACUGAGUUGUCUGAACAAGAGGGCAGUAGUCUGAAACCACCGCGAGGGCAUUUUGUUCACAGAAAGGGACGUUGUGGAGAGCAGGUUUUUACGGAGAGCGUCC